AUCACACGUAGCUUUACAUCAGUGACCUGAAUUAUGCUACAUCGUUCAAAAAAUCGGAAGUGCUUCCGAGAGUCAAGCUGUUGUAGUGGGUUCUUUAUCCGGAUUCAUCGUCACAGAAUCGCCUGAAUUCUCGUAACAUUCUCAUUGUAGGUGAACAAUGAGCAGUCAUAACUUUCCGCCAGGGGCGGAUGAACACUCUGAUCAAAGAGAAGAUCAGCGACCAAACCAAAGCCAAGGACAAGAUGAAAGAAAACCAGAGUCAGUUGUUCGACCAACCUCCCAACAGGCACAUCUAUCUCAUGUACAGCCAAUACCUAUUAGUCAGCCACAUGGUCCUUCAGCUCCUCCAAUGUUACAACCUCUUAUAACGACACAACCACCAACAGAAACAGUCAAGCCAUUUUCUGACUCUUUAACUAUGAGUUUACAAAAGCCUGUGGUUAGUUUUCCAAUUCGACCAAUUGCACCAGCACCUACAAUAUUAACUACAAUAGCUGGAAUUACUAAAAUACAACCUAGUCACAUGACAGUUGCAUUGGACAGCUCAGUAGCACCACUUACAGGCUUACCCGGGCAGACAUCUGUAACAAAUGUCAGCCAUAGCAACUUGCUGGGUGGGGCAGCAUCAACGAUUCCUCUUGCGUCCAUUAUCAAAGGAACAACACAGUCGCAGCUAAGUUCUCCACAGCAAGUACCUUCAACUCAGCCACCUUCAUUCACAUCUCAUGUACCAAGAGUACAGUACCUACCUUCAGUCCAUUAUCCACCCCAAGUUAUUACUCCUAAUAGUGCAGCAGCUGCUGCAACUCUGUCAGCACCAAAAAGUGGAAUCACCACAGCUAUGUUAAGACCACAGACUAUGAGUGGACUUUCACCAACAACAACUGUACAGUCUGUCAUGCCAGUGUCCCUGCAGGCUUCGUUACAGAGGCUCUCAUCUGCAUCAAGUUUACCAAGGAGUGCAUCCCCAAUAACCUCAUCUACACCUCUCACAGUAUCAUCAGAAGGGCCAAGGCUUACAUCUCAUCUGCAGUCAACGCUUGGAUUGAGCCUGCACCCACAGCCAUUGCCUGCUACCCAUUCACAAUCACACUUACAAACUCAAACCCACCCACAGACUCAACCUCAGACACAGGUUUCACAACCAAGUAUGACCCAAACACUGCCCCAGUCACAACUUGUACCUCCAACAAUACAAGCAGCGCUCAGACAAGAUCUCUCUAGGGCGACAUCUGUCACAUUGCCAAACCUAUUAACACCAACAAUUACAUUGCCACCACCCAUCACAUUAACCGGACAUCACAUGCAGGCGAAAUAUCUGGCUUCGCUUUCAGCGAUAAAUAUUCCUAAACCUAUUAUUUCUACAACGACAAGUGUUACAAGUGUGGCAGCUACAGUCCCACCUACAAUGUCCACCAGUAGUACAUUGCAAGUGUCAUCUCCUCACACUGCAUCAGUUGUUACUGUACCAGCCUCAACAUCAAUAUUCUCGCACAUGAGGUCAUCUCUCACGCCAGGGAACACAUCUUCUAAUACACAAGUGACAACUGUCACAUCUAACAUUCCAGUGGCAAAAGUUUACCCAAGACAACAACAGUUGCCCCAUUCACCACGAACUCAACCUGAUUUCCCCAGUGAGUCACCCAGUAUGUUUCUGGCGGCAGCAGCAGCUCACCGUUCUUCACCAAAUCCAGCUAUGAUCUCUACAGUAGCAGCAAGUCUACCUGUAUCUGCUGUGACAUCAGAUACUCGAGCUAUGUCGCAUGCUGCACAGUACACCGGUGCACAUACUUAUCUAUUACCACCUACAUAUGACCCAACACUCGGAUAUGCAAUGCAUUCGUAUGGUGUUCCAUUUACUAGUGCUGUGAGACCAGGUUUUGUUGGUUUCAAUCAUCUGCCUGUUUCUUCAGCUCCUCAAGGUUCAUCCGUGGCUGCAGCAGCAAUGGCGGCUGCAGCUCAUGCUGCAACUGUUGGUGCAGCACCUGUACGUAUAAAUCCAUUGAAUUUAAUGCCUGUAGAUCAGAGGCAACAAAUGGCUCCUAUACCAGGCACCAUUGCUACUGCUAGUGAAGGGUUGCCUGUGGAUGGUAGUGCUGGUAUAGGAGGAAUGUAUGCAGGUGCUGGUAGCUUAAUGAAUAUUGGUAGCAGUACGACCAUAUCGUCAAAUAACUUAGCAAACCCUAGUGCUUCACCGAGACCCAGUAUACUGAGAAAAAGAACAAAUGAAGGUCUACGUAAACCAGUUGUAAGUACGCCGACUGGCAGCCAACCAGGAAGUCCGAAAACAGAUUCGUCGCAGUCAACAUUAUCUGCCACCAGUUCACCCAAGCCAAGUGAUGGAUUAAGUUUAAGUCAGCAAAGUGUUGAAAUGAAUGUUGUUGACAGCAGUACAAACACCAUGUUGGCCAAUAAUGAUGUGAUUAGAAUUAAACAAGAACCAGAUACGAUUAUUGAGGGAGUGCUUGCAUUGAAUACUAGCGUGCCUCAGAGUACUACUACAGUUACUAUAGAUACCAUGGGGGCUUCACCGAGAAAGAAACCAAGAAAACAACAACAUAUUGUGGCCACUGAAGAUCAUGAUAUGGUUGAAAGUAAUUCAACAGAUGAAGCUGAUGAAGGAGACCCCAGACCUCUCUUGACGCCCAAGAAAUCUACAGACAAAUCAAAAGAUGAUAAGAAACAGGCAAAAGAAGUGAAGUAUAUUCAGUAUUUGAAAAGGCCAUAUAAGAAUUUAUUAGAAAUGUACAGACAGUCGUGGAAUCCUGCAGUUCAUCACUUUCAUAGAUAUGCAGAUGUCAAGGUUAAAGAUAAAAAGUCAACAAUCCAAGACAUAGCUUCUCAGAAGGGCAUAGUACAAAAAGCUAAUGGUUGGAAAAUACAACACAUUGCUUCCCAGAUUGAUGACUUGACCACUCUAGAACAGGAAGUAUUUGACAAAAUGAAAGAAAUCAAAGAAGGUCUUGGAUCUAGACCAUGUAAGCUUGUACCAGAAGAUGAAAUGGUACAAAUAUCAGAACUUGUACAGGGCAAUAUACAGAGAUCUCAGCUGGCAAUGGAACAGAUGUCAGAAGCCAGGCACAGCAUGUUGAAGGUGUUUGAACACAAGAGCAAAGUGGUUUCUAUCCUAAAUAAACAUGCCAGCAAACGGAAUUCUAAGAAGAAAAACAGCAACUCAUAGCUGAAUCUCAAUUUAUUGCAAUCAGUCUGAAUCUUCAAACCAUUUUAGAUCUUCAAAUUAUUUUUGUAAUCCAAUGGUGUAUUUUCAGAUAUGUAUAAAAGUUCAGAAAUAGUAGUAAAUCUUAGUAAAAGCAACCACUUAACAUGUA